AGUACCAAGGCAGUCCUUGAGCUGCAGGACCCCAGAGUGAUUUACAUAGGCAUCAGUUAUGCAAUCUCUUUCUGAGGGUGCUGAAGUACAGUGAAAAAAAGAUUUGGUUGGAGUUCUGAGCUAGUUUAAAAUGCACUACUGAAAUGGCUAACAGAACAAACUCCUCUGAGUAUUUUUGGUCAUAUGAAUAUUAUUGGGAUUAUAUAGAUCCGAUUCCAGUAGAUGGAAGCAAGUUGAAGGUUAAUAAAUAUUCUAUUGUCAUAGCCUUUUGGGUUGGGCUUGCUGCGUUUGUGACGUUUCUUUUCCUUAUUUUACUGUAUAUGUCCCGCUCUGGAUCAACUCCAGUAAACAAGAAGAGAGAUGUCUUGAAUAUGCCUGCACCAGAGCAAAUAAAACCCUAAAUCUGAUCACCUGUGGUGGGCCUGUUGCUGAGACUUCUG